AUGCGCUCUCUUUGGUGGGGGCUUCUGCUCAGUUGGCUGGGCUGUGGAAUGCUGCCCGGAGCCCGGGCCCAGUUCCCCCGGGUCUGCAUGACGGUGGCCAGCCUGGUGGCCAAGGAGUGCUGCCCGCCGCUGGGUGUGGAGCCGGCCAACGUCUGUGGCUCUCAAGAGGGCCGGGGCCAGUGCACGGAGGUGCAAGCCGACACCAGGCCCUGGAGUGGUCCUUAUGUCCUGAAAAACCAGGAUGACCGAGAACGGUGGCCACGGAAGUUCUUCAACCGGACCUGCAACUGCACAGGAAACUUUGCUGGCUUUAACUGUGGAGACUGCAAGUUUGGCUGGACUGGCCCCAACUGCGAUCAGAAGAAACCACCAGUUAUUCGAAAGAACAUUCAUUUUUUGACCCCUCAGGAGAGGGAGCAGUUCUUGGGUGCCUUAGACCUCGCGAAGAACACCACACACCCUGACUACGUGAUCACCACGCAACACUGGCUGGGCCUGCUUGGGCCCAACGGGACCCAGCCACAGAUCGCCAACUGCAGCAUUUAUGAUUUCUUUGUGUGGCUUCAUUAUUAUUCUGUUAGAGAUACAUUAUUAGGACCAGGGCGCCCCUACAAGGCCAUUGAUUUCUCACACCAAGGACCCGCCUUUGUCACCUGGCAUCGGUACCAUUUGUUGUGGCUGGAAAGAGAUCUCCAGCGACUUAUUGGCAAUGAGUCCUUUGCUUUGCCCUACUGGAACUUUGCCACUGGGAGGAAUGAGUGUGACGUGUGUACAGACCAACUGCUCGGGGCAGCAAGACAAGAUGAUCCGACUCUGAUUAGUCAGAACUCAAGAUUCUCCAGCUGGGAAAUUGUCUGUGAUAGCUUAGAUGACUACAACCGCCGGGUCACUCUGUGUAAUGGAACCUAUGAAGGUUUGUUGAGAAGAAAUCAAGCGGGAAGAAACGGUGAGAAAUUGCCAUCCUUAAAAGACAUAGAAGGUUGUCUGUCUCUCAAGCAGUUUGACAAUCCUCCUUUCUUCCAGAACUCUACCUUCAGCUUCAGGAAUGCCCUGGAGGGGUUUGACAAAGCAGAUGGAACCCUGGACUCCCAAGUGAUGAGCCUUCACAAUUUGGUUCAUUCCUUCCUGAACGGGACAAAUGCUUUGCCACAUUCUGCAGCCAAUGAUCCCAUAUUUGUGGUCCUCCAUGCCUUUACUGAUGCCAUUUUUGAUGAGUGGAUGAGAAGAUUCAAUCCUUCCGCAGAUGCUUGGCCUCAGGAGCUGGCACCCAUUGGUCACAAUCGGAUGUACAACAUGGUUCCUUUCUUCCCUUCGGUGACUAAUCAGGAAUUAUUUUUAACCGCAGACCAACUUGGCUACAGCUAUGCCAUUGAUCUUCCAGACUUUUUUUCUUCUGUUUUAAUUUCAGUUGAAGAAACUCCAAGUUGGUCCGUGACUCUCCCAGUGGUUAUGGGAAUGCUGGUGGCUUUGGUUGGUCUUUUUGUCUUGCUGGCUUUCCUGCAGUACAGAAGACUUCGCAAAGGAUAUGCGCCCUUAAUGGAGACACACUUGAACAAGAGAUACACAGAAGAAGCCUAGGAUGCUCAUGCCUUACCCUAGAGAAGAGGCCAGCCAAAGAGACCUUGUUGCUGAGACCCUGACAACAAACUAAUCCUCACUGUUCUUCCUUUAGCUAAAGAUCUUUGGCACAGCUCAUUCUGUUGUGAUGGUGACCCCAAACACAGAUGAUGCUUAGCUGUGGUUUGCUUUUCUGUGUAACAGACUGAAGCUGAAGUGCUUGAGGCUAUCUCUACCAUCAAACAAAGGUAGAGCUGAAGAUGUGUGCUAUCUCAUAAUAGUUCCCCAUAUUGAUUUAGCCUCCUCAGUGUUUUGAGAACAUAAAAAAAAAGUUGGUAGUGUAGAUUUAUUGUAA